GGUAAUGACGUUACGGGUAAACAGGUCCUGUAGCCGUGGCAGCGGCUGAGGCCGGCGGGCGAGGCACCGACUGCCGCUGACCCGGGAGAGAAGCGGCCUGCCGGAAUCAGCCCGGGCGGCAGCGCGCCACCGCUACGGGGUUGGCAGCUAAACUAUGUGCUCCUCCAGGGCGGGCACCAUGUCGCACUCAUCUUUGUACCCCCAGCAUCUAGCAGUGUUGGCAUGUAGUAGGCACUCAAGAAAUGUGUGUUGAAUGAACGAUGCCCGUGACAAGCAACUGGACUUUAUUCUUUCCUGACCCUUGCUCCUAUGACACACUUCCUCCCGGCUGCCACUAGCACCCCUUCAGAGCAGAGCUGCUCUUCUCUAGGGAAACCGGAAGGGAAACAGCUAUGGCCAAGGACAUCCUGGGUGAAGCAGGGCUGCACUUUGAUGAGCUGAACAAGCUGCGCGUGUUGGACCCUGAGGUUACCCAGCAGACCAUAGAGCUCAAGGAAGAGUGCAAGGAUUUUGUGGACAAAAUUGGCCAGUUUCAGAAAAUAGUUGGUGGUUUAAUUGAGCUUGUUGACCAACUUGCAAAAGAAGCAGAAAAUGAGAAGAUGAAGGCCAUUGGUGCUCGGAACUUGCUCAAAUCUAUAGCAAAACAGAGAGAAGCCCAACAGCAGCAACUCCAAGCACUAAUAGCAGAAAAGAAAAUGCAGCUUGAAAGGUAUCGGGUUGAAUAUGAAGCUUUGUGUAAAGUAGAAGCAGAACAAAAUGAAUUUAUCGACCAAUUUAUUUUUCAGAAAUGAACUGAAAAUUUCAUUUUACAGCAGGAGGGCAAAAAAAUAAGACCCAAAAAAACCUCUGUACUGUUCCUGUGACUUGACUAAUGGCCCAUGUACGUCCUGAGGGACGGUGUGUAACGAACGCAGCAUCUCCAAAGGCGGGAAACAGAUCUGGGGAGCUUGCUGCAGAUGUCCAUGCGCAGCUGCUGAACACCUGUGGCCACGGUGGUCCAGGCUCUCAACUCUUGGCAUUCUUAGCCUGAACUGAGCAGUCCGUAAAUGAUUUUUUUUUUUUUUUGUAAAUUCAAAGCUUUGGAAAGGAAGAGCAAUAAAUUAUUGUUUUCAAAUGGCUUGAUCUACCUCUUUUCCUGGU